AUGGAUCUGCGGGGAAUCGAGUUUGAGGCGGUGUUGGUCGCCCACACCGCGCGCUACGCGUACGUCGCGUGCCCGUGUGGGGAUCCCGCGCUGCGGGGGAGGAAUCCGGCCUCGCAGGGCCUGGGGGUGCAUUCUUCCGAGGAGCCCAUUUCCUGGGUCUUAAUUUCCCGUUUGCCGAUUCCUUCGUUUCUGGUGGAGACGGCGGAAGUGGGGAAUCGAAAGCGCGGGGCGUCGGCCGGUGGAGGCCGCUUUUUGCAGCUCGUGGAGGGCACACGAUUCGACAACGCCGGCCCUUUACGCGAGCUGAGUGAGGCGCAUAAGCGACGCAUAACCAUCCGUGCACACGGGGUGCGAUGCCGCGAGCUACGCGGCGCCCUGGCGGACACCUCUCCUUUCUUCUACAAGGGUGUUCCCCUCUUUCUCUGGUUUGAAGAAGCGCACCUUCUCGAUUGGGGUCCUUUUCAUCUGCCCGGGGCGUCGGGGGAAGUGAAAACCGAGGCGUAUGAUGGUGUGUGGGAAUCUGAUUUGAUCCCGCUCGUCGAGGCGAGUUGUCAGCGCUACCUGCGUACGUGCAGGAAGAUGAAUCGCUAUCUGCAGGCGAAUGGGGCUCCGUCAAACCCCGAAGGCCCCCUUAAAUCCCGGCGUGUUGAUGCCAGCGAACACCUCGAGUGUGCUUUGGUGGACACUACGUCUUCCUCCGCGGAUGAUGUCGCCUUGCGGCUUCGCGCGAAGUUACGUCAGGGGAAAGCCCGCCUCGCGGCAAAGGCGAACGCCGUAUUCUCCCGCAUAACCGACACCCGAUCGGUUCACUACAAAAAACUGCGCCGAAAGCCCUUCAACUCGGUCCCCCUUAUCCGCACUUCGCGGGAUGUGAAGGGUCUUUUUGAGGGCCCAACGGUGGAAUUCAAGCAUCAUCUCAGCAGUUAUCGCGCGGCCGUGGUGGAGACCCCCGAGGACGGCCCCGACAACGCGAAAAAAGGGCCCGUCAUUAUGGACGUGGAGCGUGUUCGCCAUACCAUCGCGGCCAUGGCCUCCACGAUGGGUGGGGUCUUGUGUGUGGGGGUGAGCGACGAAGGGGAGAUUAUUGGCCAUGAGCGCGGCGCGGUCGUGAAGACUCUGCGCACGACGGGGUUUUGCCCCGUGAUGGUAAAGGACAGCGUGGUGGUCAAGGAGCUGCCGGUGCUCAACCCGACGUCGUCGAAGGACACCUCAAACACGGGGUUGGACCCCCCCCUCAAAGCCCUGCCCAAGGACUGGUGGAAAAUGCCAUCCAUGACGCUUCCUACCACGGGCUCAGGUCAAGCCAGGGAUUUGCCCUGUGCGGCUCGUGAUGGGGGAGAUGAACCGCGUAAUAAUGGUGGUGAAAUGGAGCCAACGCUUCAAGAGCAUUUGGACAAGGUACUUACGAUCAUUACGGUUAGCAAAGGGUCCGCGCCGUUUUACUCAUCCUGUCGAACGGUACUGCCAUACCUGCGGGGGUGCGCUAGUACGGUUCGCAUGCCAGGCCUCAUAAUGGCGAGGAGGCUCGCUGGACAGUUUGAGGGGGAAAUAACCUACGAUGACUGA